UCGGUUGAGCGGACAAGUAGUAAAUAAUGAAAGUAGGUAUAUUUUAUAGUUGCUGCGCCAUUUUUCUUUUUUUUUUGAUGACAGGUAGUACCACAAAAAACAUAUCCAUCUUCGGCAAAGAAAAAAGUCUUUUUUCCUCCUUCCUUCAUUUAGUAGCUAUCAACACCCACCAUUCCAAUUAAAUAAAUCUUUCUAAUAGUCAUUCAUCUUUUUAAGCAACGCCUAAAAAGAAAAUUAUUUAACGCAACCUCUCUAAAAACAAAAAUAAAUUGUUUAGUUAUAAUAAAUACCAAUUAAGAAAUAGAUCCAGCAAUAUAUUUAUCCUUUGUUUUCGCAAAUAAGUUUGUUUUUUUCGCACCUUUUUUAAUUUGGUGGCAGGCCAUGGGUGGUGCAUCUUUGGGAUUUUUUGAUCACGGGUGGAUAGAGACUGGUAGAGGCAACUUUGAGAACGUUAAGAAAGUACAUAUUUUUGGCCAGAGGAAAUCGCUGUUUUGUUUUUCGUUGUUCUUUAACCUUUUAGGCAUCAAUCAGUUCAUCCCCAGUCCCCUCAUUAUAAACAAGCCCUAAAUCCAGCAUUCUCUCUUCAUUCAGUUUUCAUUUUUGUUUUAUAAUAAGAUUUAAUUAUUUUGGUUUUUAUUUUCGUCUUUUUUGUGAUAGUCCAUAAAUUAAACUAAAGCAUUAAAAUAGUUACAAGUAUUUGUGUAAUCCUCUAACAUGUUUACUUCCCUAGAUAUAUUCUCAAAUGUGAAUAGUUUAUUUGAGUGUCCGGUCAGUAUGGUAUACCUAGGUAUACCUUGGUAUA